GAAUUGUUGUGGAAAAAAAGAUAGAGAACAAAAGUCAGCGGCAUGGAAGUCAACCACAUUUCCUACUCUCAUCCUCCCUGCUCUUCCGAUUCAAACCCUAACCCUAGAAUUCUCCUCCCCCGCCAUGGUGACUUCCGAUGCUCUCCCGUCCCCUCGGGCUUCUCUGGCCUAUCCCAUCUUUCUCGCUCUCGUCUCCUUUCCCUUCGUGUCGUGAAGCUCAUCCGAAUCCGGUGUAUCUCUUCUUCUCUCCACUCUUCCAACGCUUCCGCUGUAGCUGAAAAGCCCUCUACUUCAUUGAAGACUGGUAAAUGGCAAUGGAAAUUUGAUGGCAAUUCUGUCAACAUCUACUAUGAGGAACAUGAGGGGAAGAGUGCUGCCAGUGCCAAGAAUAUUCUAAUGGUACCUACGAUCUCAGAUGUUAGCUCUAUGGAGGAAUGGAGAACAGUUGCUAAAGAUAUUGUUUCAUUUAUGCAUGCUCCAGAUAGCCCUUUGACACCUUCAGCUGGAUGGGAAGAUACAUUGGUUGUAUCAACUGCAAAUGCUCCCAAGAGGUCCAAGGCUAAGAUGGAUGAUCUCAAGGAGGCCAAAGGUGUUGCCGUAUUUGUGGAGGUACCAGGGGCCCUCCUACCACAGGAGGAGUAUCCUUUUACAGUUGCCAAAGAGCUCCACAAGUUUUUGCAGAAGAGUUUUGCAGCAAGGAGCUGA